GAAGUGUGGUGAGGGCUCUGCCAAUCGCGGGCGGGCAGAGCGGGGCCGGGGAUGCGCGGGGCUCGGAGCGCAGACAAAAGAAGUUAAAGAGCCGCUUAAUAUAUACAUGUUUUUGAAGGCGGGUAAAGGGAAAAAAAUAACAACAGCGAGCGUAGAUGGGCUUGGCUGUGUCGUUAUGGAGCCCCCUUUGAGCAAGAGGAACCCGACACUGAGAUUAGCGGAUUUGGCAGCGGCUCAGCCCCAUCCUCACCAGAACAUGACAGGCUUCCCGGGGCUGGGGAACCACCACGUCCACCCCCACCACGCGGCCCACCUCCACCCCGGGGACGCGGGCGGCGACCCCGGCGGCGCCCUCACGCCGCUCGGACCCGAGCACAUGGCGCAGCCCGCCGCCCUCAAGCUCACGCCCGAGGCGCUCACCGCCGCCGCCUUCGCCGCCCCGCCGCCACCACCACCACCACCGCCGCCACCGCCGCCGCCACCACCGCCGCCGCCUACGCGCCGCCCGCCGCCGCCCUCCCGGGAUACCCGUCGGGGAGGCGGCGGCCGGGACUUUCUCCUGCGGCGGGAGCUGCCCGCUGCCGCCGCCGCCACCGUGCACGGGGCGCUGGGCGAGCAGCACCCGCCCGCCGGCUCCCCCAUUCCGCACCCGCCACCGCACGGCGUCUUCUUCUCGGCCGCCGGCACCUACGGCGCGACCGACGGGGCGCACGCCGCCUUCCCGCCGCCGCCGCCCGGCGAGCAGGGCGCGCCCGCCGGCCGCCACCCGCCGCUCAACGGGCAGAUGCGUCUGGGGCUGGCGGCUGCCGCCGGGGAGCUCUACGGGCGCGCCGAGGCGCACUACGGGGCCGCCGCCGCCUCCUCCUCCUCCUCCUCCUCGGCGCUGCAAGGCUACGGCUCCGUCAACCUCAACCUGGCGGCGGCCGGGCAUGGACACCCGCACCACCCCCAUCCCCACCACCACCACCAUCAUCACCACCACCACCAUGCCCACGUCGGGGCCGCGGCGGCGGCGGCAGCGGCCGGGGCCUUCCUGCGAUACAUGCGACAGCCCAUCAAGCAAGAGCUGAUCUGCAAGUGGAUCGACAGGGAGCCGCCUCCUCCACCUCCGCCUCCGCCACCGGGCGCUAGGAAGCCUUGCUCCAAAACUUUCAGCACGAUGCAGGAGCUGGUGAGCCAUGUCACCGUGGAGCACGUCGGUGGGCCCGAGCAGAGCAGCCACGUGUGCUACUGGGAGGAGUGUCCCCGUGAAGGCAAGCCCUUCAAAGCGAAAUACAAACUCAUCAACCACAUCCGAGUACACACGGGAGAGAAACCCUUCCCUUGCCCCUUCCCCGGCUGCGGGAAGGUCUUCGCUCGCUCCGAAAACCUCAAGAUCCACAAGCGGACUCAUACAGGGGAGAAGCCCUUCAAGUGCGAGUUCGACGGCUGCGAGAGGAAGUUCGCCAACAGCAGCGACCGCAAGAAGCAUUCCCACGUCCACACCUCGGACAAGCCCUACUACUGCAAGAUCCGCGGCUGCGACAAGUCCUACACGCACCCCAGCUCCCUGCGGAAGCACAUGAAGAUCCACUGCAAGUCCCCGCCGCCCUCCCCGCCGCCGGGCUCCCAGGGCUACGCGGCGGCGGGGCCCCCCGACGGCCCGCUGCCCCCCGAGGCAGACCCUGCCGCCGAGCCGCCCCGCGGCCGCCGGGCCGCGCUCUCCCCGCCGGUCACCGACCUCAGCGAGUGGUACGUCUGCCAGGCCGGGGGCGCGCCCCGCCGGCCCCGCACCCCCUCCAGCCGCGGCACCUCCCCGGCAUCCGAGGAGGAUGAGCCCCACAGGACCUCGGGAGGCAGAACUGCUCCCUAGGGCCGUGCCGAGCCGUGCCAAGCUGCCGGUGGCCCCGGCCCCACCGCACUGGCCCGGGCCGCAGAGGCAGCCACCUGGCACGGGGGGCUGCCGUGGAAGUGCCAUCAGGUUUUACUCACGCUAUUUAUUCCAUGUAUGAAACCCUAUGGUGUUUGUAUGGUAACUAAUUUAAUUAAAGAGACUCGGACCUUUUUUUUUUGUUUUGGUAAUUAAAAGCAUUAAUAAUGCCAGGCUGGGCCGUCCCAGUCCCCCGAGCCGCACAAUUUUGCAGGGGGACGAUGUCAAUGGAGAUGCCCAUCUUCCACUCUGCCCAUGCCCAUUGCUCUUAACAAGAUGAAGCUGACGGAGGCUGCAAACAGGCAGAACCCAGCCGAUCUCUGGAAUGGCUCUUAAGUACCUUAGCUGCCACCCCAGCGCCUCCUCUUUGGCCUGGGUAAAGCCCCAGGUCAGCAGCAGCCUCUUGUCUGUAAAGCAGCACCUGCUAAAGCUCCGGCUAGUUAGGGACAGGUUGCACAUCCCUUAAAAUAAAAUAAAAUAAAAUAAAAUAAAAUAAAAUAAAAUAAAAUAAAAUAAAAUAAAAUAAAUGCAUUUCCCCACCCCUCUUUCAGAUCAGCUCCUUUGUAAUUGAGGGUUUCUCUCCCGAGUCGGGGGUCCCACCUGCACCUGGCAUUUUCUCUCCAGCUUUCUUUCACCCUUAGCCGUAACUGUGUGCAAACGAUUUACGAAAGGAAAGACAAAAGAUGCAGGACUCCUUUUUCACUCCUCCACGGUUUGUACUUGCAUGGCUCCUAGAACGUAGCCAGAGAAUAAAAGAAACACGCUGCUAUUUGACAACUGUGAUACUGUGAUACAUUUUUGAUUUUUUUUCCCUAAAAAAACCACACGAAAACUCUGCGAAUUUUGCUUUCCUUGGGGUUGGUGUUAUUAUUACUUUGAUUAUUGUUAUUUUUUUUUUUAAGUUCGUCUCUCAGACGAAGACUUUGCCUCAUGCUCCCUCCAGCCCUCUGAGGGGCUGGGAGGGGGAGAAGCCCCCCGGGCCUGACGAGUCCCGGAGUAGGAGGCAGGCACAGAGGGAUUAUCUUUUUAUUAUUAUUUUUAUGUAUAUUAUUUCAUCUCUCCAACCGAGCCGAUGCCUGCGUGCUUUUCACCAUCCCCCUGAAGUGGCCCGGCAGAGUCACCUGGGAGGUGGGGACCAGAGCUGCUGGGAAGGAAGCCAGGGGUGGGGACACGGGCUGGGCUCGGGGUGCCAGCCUCCCAAACCUGCCGAGAACCCAGGCCUGCAGCCGAGGGCUGCGGGGACACCCCAGCCCAGAGCCCUCGAGUUGGGAGCGGGGCGCAAAUGAAGUAAAGAGCACUAAUUCCUCCUCAGAGACCCUGAGAGAAGAAGCGGCAGCCUCCCUCCCCUCCCCCAGGGCUUGUGGAAAUGUGUUUUGUGUGCCGUGAAUGGUGGAUGUCGUCUUGUCAUUGUUAAUAACGUGUAUGUGAACGCGAUUAUUUUGUACAGUCAAAUUAAUUUAUUUUCUGACAUCACCCUUUUUUUUCCCCUUUUUUUUUGACUCCCCUGUAACAGUACAGAGCACACCAAAGAAUUAUCUUAUUAAUUUUGGUGAUAGAUUGUUGUUUAUGAUGAUGUGGUUUGUACAAAAAAGAAAUCAUUAUAUUUUUCAGCUUACUUGAAUGAACGAUGUAAUGUGAAACAGACUCUUCCUGCAUGUCCUCCGUGCGGUGUGUUGGUGCUGAUAAUAUAUAAAUUUAUGUAUAGUUCAUAGAGAUAUUAUAUUAUUAGUACAGUGCAUGGUGCUGUCACUCUGGAAGCCUUUAAACGUUGUCUUCAUAUUGUUGUGUUGGAUCUAAAGAAGCAGGCGUUACUUUGAAAACAAACAGAAAACUUGAAUAGAAAAUAAUUUUUUAAACCUCAUUCAAUUUGCUUUUUAUCCGUUUUUCAAAGCCCACUUGAAUAAAUAGAAAAUAAUAAAGUGAGGUAUGAACUUUUUAAAAAAUAAUUUAUGUAAUGUAAUCUUAUUAGAGAUAUAUUGGUGCUGAUUUAUAAACGAACUUUUUAAUUUAUGCAUUUUUUCAAUAACAGAUUGCACUAUACAUUACGACAUGGCAGGGUUUAUAAACUAUGGCUCGGGGGGAUAUAUCACUAUUUUUAUGUAUUUGCUACACGUAGGGUCACACACUUGCCCAACAGUUUUAUGACACAUGAUACCUCCUAAAUAAUAAUAAAAAAUUGCUAAUUUAAAAAUUUCACCUCUGUAAACCCCAUAAAAACAACAACAAAAAAUCAUGCAAAUGAAUAAAAAUA